GAACGCUCUUCUACGACUCAACGGAAAAUACGCCGAAAAUCAUGCCAGAAGUCGUCGAAUCGCUCUGCGGAUUCAAGCCCGUUUUUGCGGAAAUGGACGGUUCGAAGAAUGACAUUGUCCCCUUUACCGUACCCCAUUUACCCGGGAAUUUUGCCAUCAAAAUACAGGCAGAGAAACAGGCGAGCUACGUGGGAUUGUUGAAGGAACGGCUGGCGAAGAGUGAUGAGAGGGUAGAGAAGCAGAGGGCUCUACUCGACCGAUUCAGACAGAUUGCACGCACCAAUGGGGCCAAUGAAAAGGUACGCGCCGAUCGGAAAGCGAAAGACGCGAAACUCGUCCAAAACGCCGAGGCCAAGCUGCAAAUCCUGGAGGAGGAAGUGAAGAAAAUGAGGGCACAACUUUAUUCA